UUCAAAUCUACUGUCGCUUCUACUGUAAAGCGCUGUCUGUGUCGUGAAGUAGUUGUUACCACAUUCAAACAAACAACAGUAUCCAGUGCGUGGAUUUAAAGUCGUUACAUAUAUUUUUGGGGCACUGACGCCAUGGCAGCGUCUUCGUCGUCCUCUUCUGCGGGCGGAGUAAGCGGCAGUUCGGUGACUGGAUCUGGGUUCAGCGCCUCCGAGCUCAUUCCCCCCCGGAAAGUCCUGUACACAUACCCAAAAGGAGCAGGUGAAAUGAUGGAAGAUGGCUCGGACAGAUUUUUAUGUGAGUCUGUAUUCAGUUACCAAGUUGCCUCGACGCUGAAACAGGUUAAACAUGAUCAACAAGUGUCUCGGAUGGAGAAACUUGCAAGCUUGGUGGAAGAACUGGAGGCUGAUGAGUGGCGUUACAAACCUAUCGAACAGCUACUGGGAUUCACACCGUCUUAAAUAAAAAGAUGCCGUUGCCUUUGGUUAAUAAAUCUGCCAAAGAGAAAGAAAGGAAGUGCAUAAAAGUAUCUUUUACUGUUUUAUGUAAAUUGUGAAAUACUAUCUUGAAUGUGUGGUAUAUUGUUUUAUUGCUUUUACUAUUGUAUGCAUGUGGCACUGGUUUGUUACAUUUGUUCUAACGUACUAAAAGAAACCCUCUUAACUAAAAUCUCUAUUAAAAUGUUAAUAGGUUAUUAUGAGUGGGUGUUUUUUCAGCCCAAACUGCCUCACUCUGGUAAUAAAUCCUCUGAAACGAGCUGUUUUUCUUGCAGCUUGUUCAAUCCGUCCUCUUUCUUAAGAUCCUCACUACUCCUCUUUUGCAGUUCUUGGUGCAAAAACAAAGCAAGGUUGUAAAUAAAGUCAUUCUAGGACA